CGCGACCGAGAAGCGGCGAGAGGAGGCUCUGUCCGCGCUGCACGUUCGCGGAUCCACAGCUUGGCAACGCGGCUUGGGCUGCCCCUCGCCAGGGCGGAGACCAGGACCACCGGCCCGGUGCUCUCCGCCCACGGAGUCCGAUGGCGGCGGCCGCGCCCAGGGACCCGGCUCCGGGUGACCUUUGAAGACGUGGCUGUGUACUUCUCCUGGGAGGAAUGGGGUCUCCUUGAUGAGGCUCAGAGAUGUCUGUACCAGGAAGUGAUGCUGGAGAACUUGGCACUUAUAACCUCCUUGGGCUGCAGGCAGGGAGCAGAGGAUGACGAGGCACCUAAGCAGAGCAUUUCUGUACAAAGAGCGUCGCAGGUCAGGACUUUGCAGGCAGUUGUGUCUCCCCAGAAGGCCCAUCCUCGUGAGGUGUGUGGCCAGGACUUGAGAGACCUUUCGCUGUCCAGUGAGCACCUGGCAACACUUUGUGGACAGAAUCUCUACAGUAUUGGGGCACACAAGGGACAGUUGUAUUUCGAUGCAGACCUUCCGCACCAGGAGCAGCACACUGGAGAGAAAUGCUUCAGAAGCAACAUGGGCAGAGCUUCUUUUGUGAAGGACUACAAAUUCUGUGUGUUAGGGAAACCCUUUUCCUGUGGGGAGGUGACAUCUUGGCCUGUGAGGGACAUCUUGGCCACCUCGAGAUUCCUCCAGCAUCAAGCCCCACCCAACAGGGAGACGUCAUACAGGAGAACUGAGUAUGGGACGUCCUCCCAUGGAAGGAAACUGCAACGCAGCUGGGCAGAAGGCACAAAGGACUUCAGUUGCAAACACACACUUGCUUAUCACCAGAGAGACCUCACUAGAGACAGAUGCUUCAUGUGCAGUGAAUGUGGGAAAUCUUUUAGCAAGAGCUACAGCCUCAGGGACCACUGGAGAGUGCACACGGGAAAGCCUUACAAGUGUGGGGAAUGUGGGAGGUCGUUUCGGCAGAGCUCUAGCCUCAUUCGGCACCGGAGAGUUCACACUGGAGCAAGGCCUCACGAGUGUGACGAAUGUGGCAAAUUAUUUGGCAACAAGUCUAACCUCAUUAAACAUCGGAGAAUUCACACUGGAGAACGACCGUAUGAAUGUAGUGAAUGUGGGAAAUCCUUCAGCGAAAGCUCUGCGCUCCUUCAACACCGCAGUGUUCACACGGGAGAAAGGCCUUAUGAGUGCAGCGAGUGUGGAAAAUUCUUUUCCUACCACUCCAGUCUCAUAAAACACCAGAGAGUUCACUCAGGAUCAAGGCCCUAUGAGUGCAGUGAAUGUGGAAAAUCCUUUACUCAAAACUCCAGCCUCAUUGAACACCGUAGAGUUCAUAGUGGAGAAAGGCCUUAUAAGUGCAGCGAAUGUGAGAAAUCUUUUAGCCAAAGCUCUGCACUGCUUCAACAUCGGAGAGUUCACACUGGAGAGAGGCCUUAUGAAUGCAGUGAAUGUGGGAAAUUCUUUACUUACAGUUCUAGUCUCCUCAGACACCAGAGAGUACACACUGGAUCAAGGCCUUAUGAGUGCACUGAGUGUGGGAUAUCAUUCACUCAAAACUCCAGUCUUAUUAAGCACAGGAGGAUUCACACUGGAGAAAGACCUUACGAGUGCAGGGAGUGUGGGAAAUCCUUUAGCCAUAGUUCUAGCCUCAUUAAGCACAGAAAAGUACACGCUGGAGAAAGGCUUUAGGAGGACAGUGACUUUGAAACAUUCACUGGGUCUUCCAUUUCAGUGACCAUUCAAAUAUUCAUACUGAAACGGCUCUGUGAGUAUCUGAAUGUGGGAUAUUCUUUACCUCGGAGUCCAAACUCCUAAAAACACUACUGGGUCCCCCUUGACGAAGGCCCGUGAGUGUGGAGAAUGUGGAAAAUGGCUAACCAAAGGCUAACCUCAUCACACCCCAGAGAACUCGUGAAAGCCCUUACAAAAGCCUUGAAAAUGAGAAAACCUUCUACUGAAGGACUUGACGUCAUAGGAGUUCACAAAUUUCAAAUGGGACAACUACCUUAACUGCGCAGGUAUUUAUUUGAUGAGAGUAACAGCACUGGAGGAAAUCCCUCAUGAAGGUGUCAUUUGCCUGCAUUGACAUUCAUACAUUCAAACAUCGACAUAAAUCCCAGGUAUGUAGCAGCUGCACUGCAGUCUUUGAACCUGCCCAGGGCCAUAUCCCGGUGUCAGGAGAAUUGCUGGAGGACUGAUGAGCAGCCUGAGCACUUACUCCUUCCCCAUUUUUCUUCUCUGAGAGGGCAUGGAUCUCGCCCAGUUUUGUCCUAGAGGACUGUUGGUGAUUUGAAAAGGAGGAUGGCAUAUCAGGGAUGUAUCAUCCUUGUGAAACUCUGAAGGCAUUUCCCCAGCCUCCAAAUCACCAACCCAGAAACAGUCUGCCUCCCAUUGCUCUUGCUGUACGACAAUAAAGAUCAUAUUUUUUAAGCCAC